AUGAACGUUAUUUCACCUGCCCCUCUUUCGCUUUCUCAGCCACAAGCCAGGAUCAAAGAUACCUCCAUUGUUCAAGUGAGAGCCACCGACGAUCCAGAGCAAGGCAAUUCAUUCACUGUUCAGCCAAAGCCUGUUCCUCGCGGAACAGCUGCUUUUGAAGCCAAACGGGCUGCUCUUAUCGACACCAUCAAGGCCAAAGUACCUUUGGAGUACUACCUCCCUGCCGAGUUAAUCGUCAAUCCCCCUCUAGACGUUUCCAAUAUCCCUGCUUCCUGCGGCAUCCUCACUGAAGAUGAGGUUCGCAUCACAGAAGACUACGAUGCUGUUGGUUUACUACAAGCACUCGCCAGCCGUCAAUUUUCGGCUGUUGAAGUCGCCACUGCUUUUGCCAAACGUUCUAUCAUCGCACAUCAACUCACCUGUUGCCUAACGCAGUGGCUCAUGGAUGAAGCCAUUGUCCAAGCAAGAGGACUCGAUGAGUACAUGGCCAAGCACGGGAAACCCAUUGGUCCUCUGCAUGGACUGCCAAUCAGCAUCAAAGAACACAUGGCCAUAGCUGGAACGCUGUCUUCUCAAGGUUGCCUGGCAAGCUUGAGAGAGGAUACAACGGACAGUGACAUGGUUGCAAUUCUGAGAAGUCUCGGCGCUGUGUUCUAUUGCAAGACCAACCAGCCGCAAACCAUUAUGCACCUGGAAACUGAUUCACUUUGGGGCCGUACCCUCAACCCUUUCAACAUCAACCUCUCAGCAGGUGGAUCGACCGGUGGUGAAGCAGCCCUUAUUGCAAUGAAAGGUUCUGUACUCGGCAUUGGUACUGAUAUCGGCGGUAGUAUCCGUGGUCCUGCUGCCUUUUGCGGCAUUUAUGGAUUCAAGCCAACUUCAUACACAAUGCCAAUGAGAGGCUUCGAUGCAAUGCCGUUUCCAGCUGAGUUGACUGUUCUGGCCUCGGCUGGCCCUAUGUGCCGGAGCUUGAGAGAUAUGGAUCUAUUGAUGCAGUGUGUUUUGUCGUCCAAACCACAUUUAAAGGACCCGAGAUUGGUUCCUAUCCCUUGGAAUGGCCUCAAAACUCCCAUCAAUGGUCGUUUGAAGAUCGGCUUUGUCAACGACGAUGGAUUUAUCAUUCCUCAACCUCCAGUUGUCAAGGCUCUGGCCUGGGCACGAGAGCAGCUCUGUGAUCCAAGAUACAAAGAUUUUAUUGAGCUCAAGGAGUUCAAAGUGUUUGAUUCGGCAGGUGCUUGGUCCAAGAUUCGACGCAUGUAUUGGCCUGACGGUGGAAAGCCAACAAGGGAUGCCAUUCAAGCUACGGGAGAGCCCAUCCACCCUCUCAGUGAGUGGAUCUGGAAGGAUGCAGAGCCACUUGGUAUGAAGACAGCUGUUGACUUGAGUCUCAUGCGUCGGGAGAGAGAUGAAUUUCGCUGGGCAUUUGCAAAGAGCUGGGAAGAUCAAGACGUGGAUAUACUUAUUGGACCUGCAUUCAUCGGACCUGCAUCAGGUCAUGACACAGCGUUCUUCUGGAACUAUACAUCGCUGUAUAACCUUGUGGAUUAUCCUGGUGUCGUCAUACCUACACCUGUCAAGGUGGAGGGAAGUGAGAAGUAUCCUGGUGGAUAUGAGCCGUUGAGUGAGGCUUGUGGACAGGUGAAGAAGAUGUGGGAAAAGUCGGACUUUACUGGCGCUCCGAUUAAUCUUCAGAUCGUUGCGAGGAAGUAUCAUGACAACGAGUUGUUUGGGGCGCUGGCGCUGUUGAAGGAUAGUGCAUUCGAGUGUUACACAAAACGACUGAACAAGAACGACAGUAUGGCAGCCGCAUUCAACAUUGUGCGCCAGAGCUUGUUUGCCGGCAGCCCAAGAUAUACAGAAAAUGAUUUACCUGAUCUCAAGGGCAAAGUAGUUGCCAUAACAGGCUCAAAUACUGGUGUCGGGAAAGAAAUCGCCAAGAUGGUCUACAGCAAGAAUGCAAAAGUCUACAUGUUCGCGCGAACAACUACAAAAAAUGAAAAGACUCGUGACGAGAUCAAAGCUGCCUUUCCAGAGUCACGAGGCGAAUUGAUCUGCAUUCAGCUAGACCUCGCCGACCUCGAUAGUGUUCAAGCAGCGGCUGCAGAAUUUAUCAGCAGGGAAGAUAAGCUUCACGUUCUUUUUAAUAAUGCAGGCGUCGGCUUCCCUGAAUAUGGCUCCAAGUCCAAGCAAGGUUACGAACUGCAGUUAGGAGUCAACUGCCUUGGUAGCUUUGCUCUGACCCAGAGAUUGACGCCCGUGUUGGUCAAUACUGCAAAGACAUCUACACCAGGGACUGUUCACGUAGUUUGGGCAUCAUCCACUGCUGCCUUUUGGACUUCCACGAAGAAAUACAUAGAACGAGUCAAAUCUAUCAACAAGCAGAGCCUGUUUCAACAAUAUGCAAUUAGCAAGCUCGGCAAUUACUACCAUGCCACGGAAUAUGCUGCACGCCACAAGAGCGACGGUAUUAUCUCUGUGCCGCUUAACCCCGGCAAUCUCGACUCGGAGCUUUGGCGCACACAGGGUAAAUUUCUGACUUGGAUCCUUCGAAAAACUGUUUUCUAUCCCCCGCGCUAUGGCGGAUAUGUUAAUAUCUUUGCUGGGUUCUCUCCUGAAGUGACUCUUGAGAACUCAGGCAGAUUCAUUUCACCAUGGGGAAGGUUAUGGCAUGCACUCCCUGCAAUGGUAAAAGGAUCAAAGACGGAGGCUGAAGGAGGGACUGGCCAUGCUAAACGGUUCUGGGAGUGGACAGAGGAACAGGUCUCACAAAAUGUGUCUGCUCCUUUUGCCAAGGAGCCCCUUAGGUAA